AUGUCUGACCCCAAAGAAGUCCGUGAGGAGGCUGAACAUCCUCGCUCUCUCUCCCUGAAAACUACCGAUGAUGUCAGCCGUAUCGAGGCCCCCGUGACAUGGAAGGCGUACCUGAUGUGCGCUUUUGCAUCGUUCGGUGGAAUCUUCUUCGGUUAUGAUUCAGGCUACAUCAACGGAGUACUUGGAGCAGACAUCUUCAUUCGGGCCGUCGAAAGCCCAAAUGCAGAUGCUCUUAGCUCUUCACACCAAUCGCUCGUUGUCUCGAUAUUGUCCGCUGGAACCUUCUUCGGAGCUCUCAUCGGCGGAGACAUGGCGGACUUUAUCGGUCGCAAGUGGACCGUUAUCAUGGGCUGUAUGAUCUAUAUGCUGGGUGUUGUGAUUCAGAUGAUCACCGGAGAAGGCGAUGCCCUGGCUGCCAUCGUGGCUGGGCGUCUCGUCGCGGGCAUCGGGGUUGGAUUUGAAAGUGCUAUUGUGAUCCUCUACAUGAGUGAGAUUUGCCCUAGGAAAGUCCGCGGAGCCCUCGUCGCUGGUUACCAAUUCUGCAUUACCAUCGGCAUCAUGCUUGCUUCUAUCGUCGUAUACGCCACUGAAGACCGCCGAGACACCGGCUCUUAUAGGAUUCCUAUCGCCAUUCAGUUCGCAUGGGCCAUUAUCCUGGCUGGUGGCCUCUUCACCCUCCCUGACUCGCCGCGCUAUUUUGUCAAGAAAGGCCGACUCGAGGAAGCCACUAUCUCGCUGUCGAAGCUCCGCGGCCAGCCACGCGACUCAGAUUAUGUACAAAUUGAGCUGGCUGAGAUUGUCGCCAACGAGGAGUACGAGCGGGCCAUCAUUCCGUCGAGUGGAUGGUUCUCUAGCUGGGCGAACUGCUUCAAGGGUGGUUUGUGGGUGCAGAAAUCGAACUUGCGGCGCACCGUGUUGGGCACGUCCCUGCAGAUGAUGCAACAAUGGACCGGCGUGAACUUCAUCUUCUACUACUCGACUCCGUUCCUGCAGAGCACUGGGGCAAUCGACAACACCUUCCUCAUCUCGCUCAUCUUCACGUUGGUCAAUGUAUGCAGCACACCGCUUUCCUUCUAUACGGUGGAGAAAUUCGGUCGUCGUCCACUCUUGAUCUGGGGCGCCUUGGGGAUGUUGAUAUGCCAGUUUCUUGUUGCCAUCGUCGGUGUGACCGUUGGGUUUAACCACACUCACAUGGACCCGGCGGAUGCGGAUCUCAGUCUUGCAGACAACGUGCCCGCGGUCAACGCGCAGAUUGCCUUCAUUGCCAUCUUCAUCUUCUUCUUUGCGUCCACAUGGGGUCCUGGGGCGUGGAUCGUGAUCGGAGAGAUCUUCCCUCUGCCGAUUCGCUCGAGGGGUGUUGCCCUGUCGACGGCGUCGAAUUGGCUGUGGAAUACGAUCAUCGCUGUUAUCACGCCCUACAUGGUCGGCGAAGACCACGGCGACCUCAAGUCUUCCGUCUUCUUCGUCUGGGGGGGCCUCUGCACGGCUGCAUUCGUCUACGCGUAUUUCCUGGUGCCCGAGACAAAGGGCCUCACCCUCGAACAGGUCGACCGGAUGAUGGAAGAGUCGACGCCACGCACUUCGGCCAAGUGGAGGCCGACCACGACAUUUGCGCACAGCAGGGCCCGAGACGGCGUGUUGGAGAAGGAGCUUGUCGACAAUGUCGCACGCCGUGGUUCCGCGUUCUAA